AUGGACACCACGACCAGAUGGCUCCUCGUACCCCGCGGCGAUCACUCAUCAUCGCCCGAGGGUGAUGGGCAGUCGUCCUCAUCAACAGCCACUGAGGAUCUCUAUGGGAAUACGGAUACCCUUGCCGGUGAUCUGUUCCAAGACAAGUUUAUGACGCUUGCUCGCGGUGGUUCAAAUGGCGAAAAGAUUAUGCGUGGCUUUCUCAUCGGAGUAGCUGUGGGGCUCAUCGUCGCCUGCUUUGUUUGCUGCUGGUAUCCUUGUUGCCGGCCAGAUCGCCGACGACGGCGAGGACCACGACGACCGCCAGUAUCAGAGGAAGAGCAAGAGUCAGCGAGUAGCACGACGCCGCCGGAUGACCCAGCUACUGCACCGGCCACUACACCUGCUGAUGCGCCAACUUCCACACCUGCACCAGCUUCUACGCCUGCCGUUGCGCCAGUUGCCACACCUGCUGCUGUGCCAGCCUCUAUACCAGCUCCCACACCAGCUCCCGUACCGCCUUCCUAG